ACCAGACCACCGAGCGAGGUCGAGCGAGGACUGGGGACGGCUGCGUCACGCGAGGGGCGGGGCCGCCGCGGGCGGAGGCCGGAGCCGGAAGCGGAAGAGGCGCUCGGAGCGGGGAGUGGGGCCUAGCCGCAGCCGGAUCCUGGGAGACGAUGCAUCACUGUAAGCGAUACCGCUCCCCUGAGCCAGACCCGUACCUGAGCUACCGAUGGAAGAGGAGGAGGUCUUACAGUCGGGAGCACGAAGGGAGGCUGCGGUAUCCGUCUCGAAGGGAGCCUCCGCCCCGGAGAUCUCGGUCCAGAAGCCACGACCGCCUGCCCUACCAGAGGAGAUACCGGGAGCGCCGCGACAGUGACACAUACCGGUGUGAAGAGCGGAGCCCAUCCUUUGGAGAGGACUGCUAUGGAUCUUCCCGUUCCCAUCAUCGUCGGCGGUCGCGGGAGAGGGAGCCGUACCGGACCCGCAAGCACGCCCACCACUGCCACAAACGCCGCACCAGGUCUUGUAGCAGCGCCUCCUCGAGAAGCCAACAGAGCAGUAAGCGCAGCAGCCGGAGUGUGGAAGAUGACAAGGAGGGCCACCUGGUGUGCCGGAUCGGCGAUUGGCUCCAAGAGCGAUAUGAGAUCGUGGGGAACCUGGGUGAAGGCACCUUUGGCAAGGUGGUGGAGUGCUUGGACCACGCCAGAGGGAAGUCUCAGGUUGCCCUGAAGAUCAUCCGCAACGUGGGCAAGUACCGGGAGGCCGCCCGACUAGAAAUCAAUGUUCUCAAAAAAAUCAAGGAGAAGGACAAAGAGAACAAAUUCCUGUGUGUCUUGAUGUCUGACUGGUUCAACUUCCACGGUCACAUGUGCAUCGCCUUUGAGCUCCUGGGCAAGAACACCUUUGAGUUCCUGAAGGAGAAUAACUUCCAGCCUUACCCCCUACCACACGUCCGGCACAUGGCCUACCAGCUCUGCCACGCCCUUAGAUUUCUACAUGAAAACCAACUGACCCACACAGACUUGAAGCCAGAGAACAUCUUGUUUGUGAAUUCUGAGUUUGAAACCCUCUACAAUGAGCACAAGAGCUGUGAGGAGAAGUCAGUGAAGAACACCAGCAUCCGAGUAGCUGACUUCGGCAGUGCCACCUUUGACCAUGAGCACCACACGACCAUCGUGGCCACCCGUCACUAUCGCCCACCUGAGGUGAUCCUUGAGCUGGGCUGGGCCCAGCCCUGUGACGUCUGGAGCAUUGGCUGCAUCCUCUUUGAGUACUACCGGGGCUUCACCCUCUUCCAGACCCACGAGAACCGAGAACAUUUAGUGAUGAUGGAGAAGAUCCUGGGGCCCAUCCCCUCGCACAUGAUCCACCGUACCAGGAAGCAGAAAUAUUUCUACAAGGGGGGCCUGGUUUGGGAUGAGAACAGCUCUGAUGGCCGGUAUGUGAAGGAGAACUGCAAGCCUCUGAAGAGUUACAUGCUCCAGGACUCCUUGGAGCACGUGCAGCUGUUUGACCUGAUGAGGAGGAUGUUAGAAUUCGACCCUGCCCAGCGCAUCACACUGGCGGAGGCCCUGCUGCACCCCUUCUUUGCCGGCCUGACCCCCGAGGAGCGGUCCUUCCACACCAGCCGCAACCCAAGCAGAUGACAGACGCAGGCCACCACGUGCGAUGGAGAGCGGGACUGGGCUGCCCGGCCCCUCUUCUCCAACCUCCACCACCACCGGGCCCCAGGGCCAGAGCCACCAAACGAACAGUGCAAUGUGAAGGAAGGCAGGAGCCCGCAGGGGAGGGGACUUGAUACCCGGCUGCCAGAAAGCACAGAUUUGACCCAAGCUAUUUAUAUGUUGUAAAGUUAUAAUAAAGUGUUUCUUACUGUUUGUAACCCCUGGUACCGGUGUGUCCGUCUCCAGGCUCCUUGCCUUCUCCUCCCCCUACCUGAUUAAUAAAGUCUUUCUUAGCAGUUCA